AUGAAGGCCGAGGAUCAACAAAACGAGCAGGUUUCGUUUGAGAUUUGUUAUGUUAUAAAGUAUUUAAGAGUACCUAAUCAAUUUAGGCGUUGCCUUCAAUAAAUUUUUAUUCUCUGUUCAAAUGAUUUUUUUUUUUUACAGAAUGGCCACAAUGGCAACGGAGCUGGCGACAGUUCUGAGCCUGAGAACUUCAGGAAAAUUUUCGUUGGAGGUCUUACCGCUAAUACCACGGAUGAGACCAUGAGAGAAUUUUAUUCCCAAUAUGGUGAAAUCACUGACAUUAUUGUCAUGCGCGAUGCCAACACCAAGCGCUCUCGUGGAUUCGGCUUUGUCACCUUUGCCACCAAAGCUCAGGUUGAUACAAACGAAAUAGUUCUUGUUUAAAAAAAUGUGUGUAGGUUGAUGCUGCCAUGUCUGGUCGUCCGCACGUCAUCGACUCGAAGACCGUUGAUCCCAAGCGCGCUGUGCCUCGAGAUGAUAAGAACCGCAAUGAAUCGAACGUGUCCACAAAGCGGCUCUACGUCAGUGGAGUCCGUGAGGAUCACACCGAAGAUAUGUUCACCGACUACUUCAACAAGUUCGGAACCGUUACCAAGGUAUUGUUUUGAGAGUGAUUCUCAGUUCUCAUCUAAAAAAUUUUUAGUCUGAGAUCAUUCUCAACAAGGACACUGGAAAGCCACGUGGUUUCGGCUUUGUGACUUUCGAUGAUCACGACUCCGUCGACCAAUGCGUCCUCCAAAAGAGCCACAUGAUCAACGGUUUCCGUUGCGACGUCCGCAAGGGUCUUAGCAAAGAUGAAAUGAGCAAGGUAUUUUGGUUGAAGUUGUUCAAAAAAAGAAAAUUUCUUUUCAGGCUCAAAUGGCUCGUGACCGACAGGACCGAGGUGGUCGUACCAGAGAUCCUCGCGGGGGAUACGGAGCUCCUCAAGGCAAUAGCUGGGGCGCUGGACCACGUGGUGGUGGCUACGGAGGUGGACCAGGAGGAUAUGGAGGAGGUUUAACAAAAAAUUAAGGUUUCAUUAGAGUAAUUUGAAAUUUUCAGGAUAUGGCGGUGGCCAAGGCAACUGGGGCGGCGAACAAGGAAGCUGGGGAGGACAGCAAAGUGGUGGCGGCGGCUGGGGAGGACAAGGUGAGAUCUGAUAAUUCAAAUUUACUACCGGGCUUACAGAUUCAAAAGCAAAAAGACCUUACUCUUAUUUUGUUGGUCUAAUCGUCCAUUUUUCAAAAUAAAAGAAAUUCAUUCUUCAAUUUACGAUGUUUUAUUUUCAAUGAUUUAAGGCGGCGGCUGGGGAGGACAGCAGCAAGGAGGCUGGGGAUCUGGCGGAGGACAAGGCGGUGGCUGGCAAGGACAGCAACAAGGAGGCUGGGGAGGUCAGCAAUCCGGUGCUCAGCAGUGGGCGAAUGCUCAAGGAGGACAAGGAAGAUAUUAA